UAUGCUAAUACCGUUUUCUUUUUCUCUCGAACAUUCACAGGUAGAAGGCUUGCUCUGGGUAGUGAGAGCGUAAAUUUUCUAGGUAGUAGUUGUAGAGCGACGAGAGAAGAUACGUACUCGUUCUUUUUUGAAGCUUUUCUUGUGACCUCGUCCAACUACAUAUGCUUUACGACUUCCUAAACAAUCACUUGAAUGACACGUAGUUCUUCGGUCUGUCCUUCUUGGAGGAAUAACGAAUAUCUGAUCUUAGUUUUGGGCUACAUCUAGUAAUUGUUCCUUCGGCGCUUGAUGUUUGUGCAAGAACUACAUAAUAAAUUUUUCCAGACCUCAAAGAUAUCGAGAAACUAAAAGAACAUGAUUAGUUAGCUUUUCUACAUCGCCUCUUUGGUACUUCUCUGACAUUUUUGCGCAAGGUGCAAUCGUCAGAUGUAGAUGCCCACAUAGAGUCGAACUGCGUUAUUCAACUGAUUUGCUAGUAGGGAUAGUAAAAACUACUGAGUCGAGUACAAGUAGCUAGUAAGUUCUUGCAAGUAGUAUUUAGUCGAAUUUUCAUACACACUGUGCAUGUUUAAGUUUAUUUCAGUUACUAGGAAGAAAUAAGUAUACGAAAAAAUUAUACACACAGACAGAACAAGCAUAGUUCUCGUUUUCGCUGUUUGGGAGGUUUCCACCUUUACCGGUCUCGCCCUCUUCCUCUGCGAGGACAAUGGCUCACUCGGGUCGGCGUGGCGACGGGCGGCGACGGCCGUUGGACGACGAGGAAAGCCCUUUACUGAAUCCUGGUGGCGGUUACCGGGGUGCGCCUCCAGGUGGUGACUUGCAGCAUGACGGCUCCUUCCGAGUCGCAGGAGGUGGAGGCGCACUGCGGACUCAGGCAAGCCUUUCCCGGGUGAGCCAGAGCAGUCGGCACUCCUCGGACGUGAACCAAAACACCAUGAGUUUACUGAGACCGUGCCACCAAACAAGCUGGUUCACGGGCAGUCAGCGCGGAGGUGGGGCGCCUUCACGAACGGCUUUGGCUGACAUUUUCAACAAAGCGGGCAUCGUGCCAGAAAUCUGCGCUGAGGUGUUCGAGGAAGCAGACGAGCACAGUUUGCCUGGAACAGAGUCGGAGCCUGAGUUCCUUUUAGGGGGACCCGCCAGAAGAAGUGGCUUUCAACUAGGUAGUGAGGACGACGACGCUGCUAAGAAGGACCAGCACGGCCGCUUGGACAGCGAAAUCCUACAGGUGGACUUAGAAUCUGCUCGUAGCGGCGGGCACGGAGCAGCUGGCAGUAUGCGAGCAGCGGGCUACCAUGAUUUGCAGCGUGCUAUCCUGGAAGCGGAAGAAGUGGAAAAGCUCGCCACCUCUGUACCCGAAAAAAAGCUCUCCCUUGAGUGGCGAAACCUCUGUUUCGAUGUCGAGGGCGCGGGACGUAUCCUUGACAACGUGUACGGCAAACUGUGUCCCGGUGAGGUCACCGCUCUGAUCGGUCCCAGUGGAGCUGGCAAGAGCACACUGCUCAACUUGUUGGCGGCAAGACAGCGCUGGUCAGGCAAAGGGAUCACCAUUACGGGAGAGGUGCGCUACGGUGGAAAACCAGUGGAUGACCAAAUUCUAAAACAGAGCAUUUCCUAUGUGAUGCAGCACGAAGAACUGGUAGGCAGUGACUCGGUGCUCGAGACCUUUCAAUUUGCGGCGAAACUCAGACUGCCGGACGCGACACCGGAAGAAAGAGAACGCAACAUUGAGGAAAUGCUCCACGCAUUGGAUUUGUACCACGUGCGCGAUGCGCCGAUCGGAAACGCCCUAGUGAAAGGAAUAUCUGGCGGACAGAAAAAACGAGUGGCGGUACAAGAAAUUGAUAUUAAGAUCCUUCAGUAUAGUUUUCGCGUGGUAGAAGUUUGGUUAGCGUUGCAAAAAAUAAAAUUUCUGGACGCUAUAUUGGUUUCCUUUUCAAUAGCGAUGAAUUCCUUGAAGCUUUAGAUUAUUUGAAAAAUCACAAGUAAGCACAACUGACUCGCAUCAGGUUGGUAUCGAGCUGCUAACCCGGCCUUCAAUCGUGUUUCUGGAUGAGCCAACGUCAGGUCUCGAUAGUUACUCCUCGAUGCGGCUGAUCACGAUGCUGAAAAAGAUUGCACUCGAACAGAACUGCAUUAUCACCGCGACUAUUCACCAGCCUAGCUCUGAGCUCUUCUCGAAAUUUGAUCGCGUGAUCACUAUGCGGUACGGCGAGGUGCUCUUCCAGGGUAUGGUGGGCGACCGCGCACAAGACGUCCUCGAAAACAGGUUCAACACCAGUGCUGCCGACGGGCAACAGGACAACAUGGCUCCUGGCAGCAGUUCCCCGGAGACUACUCGGAAAAAUCAAGUAGCGAAACUGCAGAUUGUGAGCGAGUUUCUGGAGAAAAUCGUGGACAAGCCGACGCCAGCAGGCUACAAUCAGUGCGACUGGCUGAUGCUGCUGGCGAGCGGAGGCUUGAACGACAAAGAACUAGUGGAAGCGAAAGAGCAGACUGCGCGAAUCUAUGAAAUGCAGAAUCCAGGCUACGGCUCGAAGCGGACGCCGCUGAUUGCUGCGUUUGAUCUAGCGGGCGACGUGGAGAAGGAGAGGACCGAAAACCUCUUGCGGACUAUAGCAGAAGAACAGAGCAAUGCAUCUACUGCGGGUGGUGGACUGGCAUCGGACUAUAGUCCUAGUAGAGAAAUACAUCAUUCAUCCGACCAAAGAAGCAGUGUGGCCACCGCAGCCUUUCCCGGUAUUUCGCCAGGCGACGCAGCUGCUAGCGCCAGCCUGUCAUCUUCGGCGUCAACAAUUGGACUAGACAGAGCGGCAUCAGUAGCGCGGUCGUUUGCCGGGGGCGCGCCGUCCCCUAACAACAGGUCUAGUGCCGUUCUAGUAGCAAGUCCGCAACAAGGUAGCAGCAGAUUGCAGGCUCAAGUCUCUGCUGCACAGGAACAACAAAAUCUUGUUAGUCAGGAGACACUUGCCCCUCCUGGGGGCGACGCAUUGAGUAGGGAGGAUAGCGGCGAGAAGUUUCAGGCAGUGCCGACUCUGCUUCACGGCAACGAGUGGUCCGAAAUCAAGUGCAACAAAGCUUUCGGUGUGUCCCCCAAUUGCCUGAAGAUCAUGCACAUGAAAUUCGAGCACACGCAGGAGCAGGAGGACGCCACUCAGUUAGCGCUGCACCUGAUCGACGUUCCGCCAUGGUGCACCCAGGUGUGCACGCUGGUGCGACGGAACGUGCGCAGCAAGCUGCGGGACCCGUGGGGCCAGAUCUUCAACCGCCUUUUAGUCCCCGUGAUGCAGAUUUUGAUCCAGGGCUUGGCGUUUCUCAGUUGCGGCCGCCACCUGCGCACAGGCCUAGACUCGGAUGGAAACCCGCUGAAUUCGCCUAGCGCUUUCAACGGCAAGAUCGGGGAGGUCAACAACGCAGUGUGCAACAUCUUAUUUGUAACGUACAUCGCCACCGGUUUCGCGCAGAUCACGACCUUGCCGCAAGAACGGCCAGUGUUUCUGCGGGAGUACACGAGUAAUUACUACGGCGUCUCCGCCUAUCUCCUGGCGCAGCUGCUCUCCGACUUGCCGCUCCAGCUGUUAACCGUGCUGGCAGUGCUGAUCGGUCCCUACUUCUUGUUCGGACUCAACGGGAGCAUCGCGUUGUACCUGUUGCUGAACACCGUUGGCGCAGUGUCCGGCGCGGCGAUGGGGAUUUUCAUGGCGUGCCUCACACCCGCGAACGCCACGGUUCCAGUGAUGUGGGCGCCACUAGUACUCGGUACGUUCCCCAACGCACUGAGUGGCAUCUUCAGGCCUUUGUCGAACGUGCCCGGUUUUUUGAGCUGGGUGGCUUACGUCAUUCCAGUGGCGUACACCGCCAACGUAGCCCAGUAUCUCGAGUUCGUCAACAACUCGGGUGGCAGCCAGGCAACCUUUCAGCCGCAAAAUUUGACACCGGAGGCGAGCAAGAACUUCCAAGACGUCAGGAAAGAAUUUGCAGAGCCGAGAAUGCUCCAGCCGUGGCGAGUUUGGGCAUGGCCCCUUGUCGCAUUCGGCCUGCUCUUCUUCUUCAGGCUAGCGGGCUUCGCGCUAUUGAAAUGGAACAGUCGGAGUGUCUACUAAGUGUCUUCUAAGACAUUGACGUGGCUACUAAAACAACAAAAACUUAUUCCUAUUCUCCAAAGCCAAAGCCGUGGUAAGUUUAAGUACGUAUUCACCCAUCCCCUUCCCCGUAAAGCGAAUACCGCCACACCAUAUCUAAUGAUAAUAAUGAUACUGAGUGAGUGACAUACCAUAUCUAAUGAUAAUUUUUUGAUUUUCUCUUUAGGUCGUCGCUGUGAACCUGUUCUUAGAAUGGCAAUAUGGAAACCAAAGCCAAGAUGCUUAUGCAUGUGCUAAGUAGUACAUAGUGUACAACUAGUAGAUUGAUAGAAUAUGCAUUAUUUGGCACCUCGACUCUCUGUUACGAGAAGUUUUAGUCACCUUCCCCGUCGUUUCCUCAGGAUGGAGAGGCGCUUUCUACCCAUGAGAACUAAGCACUACAUUUGUUUGGCAUAGAAUGAACCGGUUUGGCACGAGAAAAAUUUCAUAAUUCGUGAUAUCUAAUGAGCAGUGACACGGUCGCGCCUGCUUUAGUCGGGGAUGACGAUAAUGAUCAACGAAAAUGUACUCACUUGUCAGUAUGGCUUUUAGAACAAAGAUGCUAGACAGUGUUACACUUCAUGGAAAAGAAGGCGUUCUUGUUUCUUUGUCGGCGCAUAUAAGGGUACAUUAUAGUCCUUCAAUAACAUAGUUAUUUACUUGUUCUGCCUUUUUGUGCAAUCUGCAUCUCUAGUUCUUUCAGCGGGAAAGCGAGACAAAACGAAGCACCUACCUGGAUUUCAUGGAGCUACGUGGAUCUUGUAUCAAGUAGACAUUCACACAUCCACAUAUCUUGUAUGGUUGCAGCAUAAAGAAAAGACUAUCUUGUAUCCAUAGUCGAAAUAUCAACAUCAUUCUCUCAUGUUGAUGAAGCUGCAAGCUGAGUCAACUCAUGAUAGCCGUGCACAGGAUUACAGGAGUAAUCAAUGGGGAAUCAGUUGUACUAACGGACAGAGAGCCGAGAUCAAGUGUAUUAGCGGGUAAUCGAGCCAAGCUCAGAUACAGGUGUAGAGGGCAAGAGAACUUCCACAAGAAACUUGUGGUGUUAUACGGCAACAAGAAGAACCUUUGGCUCAUUACAAUGUUCAAGUAUAAGAAUCUUGCGCCCAACAUAAAUACAAAAGCUUUCAUAUGCGGGUGCUGCUAAGAAGAAGGACAUUAUAGGCUAGUAUUUCCUGAUGUACCCAAGUAAUUACUAAGAAGAGGAACGAACCCAUGACCCGCCUCCACCCCAACAACUGCGUUGUAUUUGAGCAGGUUUUGAGCAUUCAUCCAAGAGGACACACCAAGCUGCAUUUGUUGGAAAAUAUGACUUG